AAGUGGUGGCUAAAAUGUAAUAGUAACCCUGGCCGAUGUGUUACAUCCAACCUUGAUUGCUUCGGUCUGGCCGGCAGGGUGAAGGGUCAGAGUUCAUCUGCAUCUGAAAACAGGAGACACGUGCGGAUUCAAAAAGUAGGUCUUGCAUCAGUAGCAUCAGUAGCCAUCAGCUGCAGCGAUGGCUGCCAUAUACUCAGGUAUCCAUCUAAAGCUGAAGAGUCCUCAGACUCCAUGGGAGGACAAGCUGAAGUUGGCGCGUUUUGCCUGGAUCUCCUCUCAGUGCCUGUUACCUAACAAAGAACAGGUGCUGUUGGACUGGUGCGCCCAUGCACUCACAGUCUGGUACAAUAAAAAGGUGGAGUUUUCCCAGGAGGUUUUGGAAGGCCUGUGGUGCUACCUCGACGAUGUUCUUCACAGCAAGAAGCUCCUGUCUCUUCUCAAACAGGGAAAGACCAUCAGUCUAAGAAUAAACAUGGCACAGCUGCUGCUUGACCGUCUGCAGGAGUGUGCACAGGUUGACUCCAAGUCGCCGGUGUGUUUGUCCACCAUACUGAGUGUGUGUCGGGGUAUCCUGUCUUCUCCUACACUCUCAUCUGUUUUUACCACCAAGUAUGAACUCAUGGUUGACCUGCUCGCCAAAUUCUGCUUGUUGGCCUGCCGUGAGCUACAGCAGCCAUUUCUCACAAAAUACCAAACGGUAGAGUCUGACUCAAGUCCAGAUGAACUGAUUACUGAACCUGUAACAGAGUUGGACACUUCCCAAAAUGAGCCACUGACUGCCAGUCUACCAGAUCAGACUGAUUUGGAUGCUGAUAAAUCCCCUUCUAAGCAAAAGGGAAACCUGCGUUUGGCUAAUUUAUUUGAGGUGUUGCUUCAAGUGAUGUCAAGCUAUUUGUCAGUUCAGCGACAACAAGGCAACCCUAACAGAGUCUUUACUAUGGUCACCAACCAGCUGAUCCAGCCUCUAGUGCUGCUUCGACACCUGCUGACCUCUGGGGAAUUUGCAGCUUCUCACACAAAGUUGCAUCUCCGUCAGCAGCUGUGCAGAGACAUCCGCAUCAAGAUAGACUCCAUUGUUCAGUUAGGUCUCUUCCCCUCCGAGCAACUGACCUUAUACAAGGAGGAGCUCCUGCCAUCAAAAGAGGAUUCUGGGAAACGUAGUUCUGAAGGGGCAAAAGGGCCAUUGAAGCCAGUCAGUGCUGUUCUUUGCAAACUGAGUGCCCAGGGCUACUGUGAGCCGUCGCUACACUACUCUGUGAAGUCCAACACGCUGCCCCUGCUGUUCAAGUUUUUUCUGGAAAGAUACGGCAAGUUGAAGGGAGAAGUUGAGGAGGAGCAGAGGAUGCUGUGUUUCUAUUUUCUCAUCAGAUUGGUCCCAGCUUUAGAUCUUCAUCUUGAUGGAUGCUCAGGUUCACCUGCUUCCUCCGGGCAGAAGUCUCCUCUCCUCUCCUCCUCUUCCCCAGAGAGCUGGAGCCUGGCUCUGCUGGCUGUGGAGUCCCUGCUAAGCCAGGCGAUGUCAGCUGAUAUAUACAAUGUUGCUGCAGACAGAAUACGACAUGGAGAGGUCCAGCUCAAUUUUUACAGAGCCUUGGGACAAAUGCUCUUCAAUGAGGCCCAACCAAGCAUACCAUCAUGGUACCGCUGUUUAAAGGUACUUUUGAGUCUCAAUCAUCUGAUUCUUGAGCCAGACCUGGACCAGCUGUUAUCUUCAGCUUGGGUUAAUGCUGAAUGCAUGGAUGCACGAGUACAACGGGCCAGACAGCUCAUGGUGUGUAGUCUACUCCAGACCUACACUAAGCUCCGUCAACUGCCUCAUCUGUUCUCUAAGCUCCUGUCUGUGAUCUGUGAGCCAGCUUUGGACGACCUCCGACCUCCGUUGCUGCCUGAAGGCAUUUCCAACUCUCUCAGGACUUCCCUUCUUGACACACCCCCAUCCCAGAGCAUAACAAUAUGCUCAUUAGUGUUGGAGAGCAUCAGGAGUUGUGUACUACCUGAUCUGGUGAAAGAGGGAAACGAGGCAGAGAAGAUGGAGAUUGGCGACGGCCAGACGGACCAAGAGAGAGAAGAUGCAUCUCUGAAACUCUUCUCCCUCAUUCAGCUGCUUCAUACUGUUUUGUUUAGUCUCAAGACUCUAGACAAUGCCUCUCCUGUUCCUUUAGUCAAGCAGAGUCAAGACCUAAUGAAGGAGAUCCAGCAGUUAAUUAAGGAGUUACUCCAUGUCUUGCCAACAGAGAAGAAACCUGUUGAAGGAAAUACAAGGCAGCUUCAGAAGACCACAAAGAAAGGCAAAAAGAAUCUUGAACGCAAAGGAUCAGCAAAAGUUUCAGGGUCUGAAACAGGAGCAUUGUGGCAACAGAAGACUCAAGAGGCCGCUCUCCUGCUCAAAUACACCUGGAUGGAAGUAGACACACUGUUCUCUAUACACUGCAGCAAAUACUCAUCUCUUGACCCAACCCAGACAUCAGUAUUAAGUGACACAGAGGAACGAUUUUCUUCCAGUUCUCCACAAAUAACCAACAUAGAGAAUCUUCUGUCUGGUGAGAUUUUACCAGCACGUCUCCAUGCAUCCCCCUCCCACAGCCCCAUGAGCUGUUUGCUGCUCAAGAUCCUAACUUUACAACAGAUGAAGAAGAUUUUGUCUAAUAGUCUCUUACAGUGUGAGUCCAGCACUGCUGCAAUACUAAACAGGGCCGCCCAGUUUAUCGUGGCAAAAUCUGAGCUUGAGAUGAUGCCGGAUGGAGAGGAAGCCUGGGACAGGCAGAUAAGCAGCCUAAAUACCAGCAACUACUUUGUAGCACACUGGUAUCUUGUCACGUCCAAUCUGCCUUUGAUUGUUCCCCACCUGAGUGGAGAGGACCUGGGCUGUAUUGCAAAUGCGCUUAUGAGCUCAUUGCUCCUCAGUCAGACAGACAGAUCCAGAGACCAGCUGCCUGGCUGUCUGACUGUCUCCCUCAUAUCUUCACAGCUUCUCCAAAGCAAAGUUUUUGCUGAGAUGCCUUCACUCUUCUCUGCUUCGGUUUGGUCCCUCACACAAAGAAUCAUCGGUGUGCUCAAAGCCGCACAUGCACCCAAGGUUUGUCCUACGCUCCUGACAUUUCAGAAGAAAGAAACCGGAGCGCUGUCUUCAGGGGGAGGUGCCGGUCAGGUGAAUAAAGAGACCAUUGUUGAGGAUAUUUUGUCCUCUACAAAAACUGGAGAGAUUCCUGUGAUGCUGACUGAGACACAGACCAAGGAGCUGGUAAACCUUGUCCAAAUCUUAACAAACCUAAAUCCAGAUGGGAUGAGCUCUGAUGAUCUCUCCUCCAUUUUCCUUCUCCUAUUUUUUGUGCUCACCUCCACCUCCAGUCAACCAGACCAGAUGGCUGUGGACCCUCCUAAAUCCGGAGGUGAUGCCCUAUUCAAAGGGAAGCUGCUCAGAGUUUUGUCUAAUCUCUCGGAGGGUCGACAUUUCCAGAGUGUUUUGAAGCUCAUCCACGGUGGUAGUCUGCUACAGGCUGCUGUGUCAUCUCUACUCUGGUUUUGCAGAAGUGCAAGAUUUCAAGCUUCUUGCUGUCCCGAUUGGUUGGAUCUAAUUAAAGCAACGCAGGGUUUCAUAAAGUCCUUGGUACAAUUGAUUAUCAACAGAAACAGCAGCGUUCGACUCAACCUUGAUCAGUUCGCUUCCUAUCUCACCAGUAAGCAAAUUGUGGUUUCCAGUUCAGGAGCAUCCAUGUUAUCUGUCCAUCUUCUGCUGGCGUCUCUGACUUCUUUCUCCCAGGCAAUGACCUCAAACUUGGGAAAAAGUCAACAAAUGGAUCAAACUUUGACCCAAAUGUUAACAAGAACCACCGCUUCACUGGGGCCAGCCGUUGAGUCCGUCCUAAAGCCCCAGACUGUCGAUCAAGCAGUCAUCCAGCCAGCCAGCAUCCUCGGCCAAGCGUUUGUAGUGGAAGUGGUUACGGCCAUGCUGCGCUGUGAACUGUCCUCACUGUCAGUGGAGGAUGAGAACAAACAAACAAACAAACUCGUCCUGACUUAUAUGAGUCUAUAUCAGAGCUUCUGCCAGCAGAUACUCAAAGAAAUAAACUCUGCUCCCAGACCCACGGACUUCCUGGUUUCCUCUCUCCAGUUCCUGUCUGCUUUUUACAAAGCAAUGGAGACAAUAGGAGCCGAGAGGGAGCAGGAAGGAGAGGUGAAGAGGGAUGGAAAGGACCUAGAUGAGCUGUACAUUCAGCUACUGCGUAAUGUGCACAUGCUGUUGACAGCUCCUUGGCUGUCCUCAACUGAUCUUAGUGAGCUGGAGCCCAUUGUGCAGGAGCUGUUGCGCCACCUAGUGGAGAAAAGCACGACAAGUCAGUUCAACCUGCUGCUGAUGAUGAUCAGAGACGGUCUGGAUGUCAGCAAGCUGAGGGCAGGAAACUACAGGGAGGUGCUAUCUACAGUUGUCAUCAUUAAGCUGCUCUCCUGUUGUCAGUUACCAGAGACCUGCUCUAAAGCUCUGUGGCUCAUUGCACCACAGAUUAUAUCUGCUAUGGUGUUCUUAGUGAGAUCUUCCAGUCAGGACGUCUCUCUCACCCUGCCCUUUACCGUUCCCACGGUGACCUCACUAACAUCGCUGCUGCAUCAGGGCGAGGGGCUCAUCACCAACCCCCACCAUGUGGUUCUGGUGCUUGGGGCGCUCCAGUCGGUGCCCCUCGACCACAUGACCCCUCUCGUCUACCAGUCAGCGUUCCUGGCUGUUCACGAGGCGCUGUUCGCCAUCAUCAUGUGUCACCCUCAGGUGAUGCUGAAGGCAGCUCCGACAUUCCUGAAUGUCUUCUACCGUCUGGUGGCAUCGAUCAUGCAGGAGGGUCGGCAGAAAGGAGACAGUGACACAGGUGCUGGCAGUGAUGUGUACUUGCAGUGCUCCAGGCUGGUUGAGAGGAUGUACUCCCACAUUGCCGCUACACCUGAGAGCUUCAGCACGCUGUCAGCAUUCAUGGUGGCUCAAUAUGUCACGGAGCUGCAGAAGGUUACUCUGCAACCAGAUGUGAAGCUGCAUCUGACUGAGGGCAUCUAUUCGAUACUGGACCUGUGCAUGGAGCAGGAUAUCAAGUUUCUGGGCGCCGGGCUGCAGAUGGGAGUCAGAGAGGUGUUCAACGAGCUGUACAGCAGCUACACCCACUACCACAAAGCACAGAGGCAAGGGGAGGACAAGUACACUGUUUGAACUGGCGAAACAAACACCGGCCACCUUUGGUUUAGGUUUCAGAUUAAUUCUCUGAAAUAACAUCUUUCUGGAUACAUAUUUAUAUGUAUUUUCUGCUUUUGAAUGAGGAAGUGAGGAAUAACAGCUUGUGGACGCCAUAUGAUGUACGCAUAUGGUGUAAACACAGUGGUCACUGUGAGCUCGCUGUAGAUUAACUUACGCACAGUUUUUUUUUUUAAUGAAGACAACAUAGUAUUGAUUUGAAUUCAUCUGAGACCGUUCCCCAGUGGCACAGAGACCAGUCACAUUGUGAUGGAGUCAGCACAGGAAGUUUUCAACCGAACUGUCUCUCAUUGAAAAUAUGAUUAUCAUAAUGUGUAAAAUGAUAUGAAUGUGUGUAAAUUGUACUUAAUAUCAUUGUUAUUGAUUUCAAUACAGUUUCAUUUUCAA